CACAAAGAUAUAAACCGAAGUCAAGGCUGAUUUCGCCACUCACAGAGGUGUAGCGAGGACACCGUAUAGACUAUUAGUUGAAGACUGAUUUCACAAGCAACCGCCGCAUCGUUUUGACCAGGGAGUACGGUUUUCAUAUAUCGGUACCAAUAUUACCACAUUCAUCCUUCGAUUCAUUUUGUCGUAAGAGAAAAAGGAAAAGUUGACGUUAAACGCACCACACAAGGAAAAUGUCUCUUAUCAACAGAUUCAUGAUCGUCGUUAGCAGGGGUGCUCGGUGCAGCAAUUUGCGUCAGGUGUCCAAGUAUUCGACGAAUUUUAAUGACAAGCAAGAUGAUCCUAACGAUUCAAUAAAGAAAUCAGUAUUCAUAUCGCAAUCCACGGAUGUGUUCACCAAUUUAGCACUUGAAGAUUGGUUCUACAGGAACUACGACUUCACAAAUCAGCAUUUAUUACUUUUAUGGCGUAAUGAUCCUUGCGUGGUGAUCGGACGUCAUCAGAACCCAUGGAUCGAGCACAAUGCUCAAGUGGCCGAAAAACGUGGUAUAGUGAUGGCCCGUCGGAAUAGUGGUGGCGGUACUGUAUAUCACGACACUGGUAAUCUGAAUCUAUCGUUUUUCACACCGCGGGAACGAUACGAUCGAAAAUACAAUCUGGGUAUCAUAACGAGAGCACUCUAUCGAGAAUGGGGUAUUAAAGCUGAUAUCAACAAACGCGAGGACAUUGUCGUGCAUGGCGAAUACAAAGUAUCCUUUAAUGUAUCUGGCACUGCUGCAAAAUUAGGACGACCGAAUGCAUACCAUCACUGCACGCUAUUGGUUGAUGUAAAUAAAUCGGCUUUAAGCUUAGCUCUUGAGAGAAAAGAGAGCGGUAUAGAAACCAAUGCUACAGCCUCUACACGAUCUCCCAUAAAAAACUUAAUCGACGUAAAUUCACACAUACGCAUGGACAAGCUUAUUAAUGCAUUAGGUUGGGAAUACCUUCGCACGAAAGCGCUUAUUUUAGAAGAUGGUGGACAAGACCUUAUUCAACGUCAGAAAGGAUUUCAGUUUAUCAAUCCUACAGAAGAUUGGUUCCCAGGGCUCGAUAAAUUAAUAAGCGAGUUCCGUUCCUGGGAAUGGAAUUACGGUAGGACGCCGAAAUUUACGGUGACUCGUGUUCUGGACGUCCUUGUCCAAGAUAGCAAAGUACAUCAGUUCAAUCUGACGUUAGAAAUACAAAAUGGUAUCAUCGAGGAAAUCAAAAUGAGACUUCCACCCGGUUUGGUAUCAAAUGACUUCAGUCAAGACGCGAGCGUGAUAAGUAAUCUACGCGGGACGAGAUACGACCACGAAGUAACGGAAAAUAUAAUAUCCGCCAUCGGUUGCAAGACUGUUACGUUAAGUACAACCCAAAAUGAAGAUAAAACUAAUAUGAUUGCUACGCAAUGAUUAGACCCGACAAACAAUCGCUACGAUUGUGCUUAAAUUGCUGUUGUUGCGUUUAAAACAGAACGGAGUUGUAUCGUAAAUGGUUUUUUUUU